AUGAUUUCCCGUGUUGGAUUAUUAAAGAAACCAAUUCUUUCAUCAAGUAUUUUAAGAGCAUCAAUCGCUCCAUCAGUUGUUUCAAGAUCAACUUUAAUUACUAGAUUUCUUUCAACUAGAACUCCAACUAUUGAAACUACUUCUGAUGCAGAACAAGAAAUUUUAGUUGCUCAACGUAGAAAUAGACCUUCUUCACCACAUUUACAAAUUUAUCAACCACAAUUAACUUGGAUUUUAUCUUCAUUCCAUAGAAUUACUGGUGUUGCUAUGGCUGGUGCAUUUUAUGCUUUAACUUGUACAUUUGCUGCUACUUCUAUUUUAGGUAUUCAUUUUGAUACUGCUACUUUAGUUUCUGCUUUCACUGAAUUACCAGUUACUUUACAAUAUGCCGUUAAAGCUGCUUGUGCUUAUCCAUUUGUUUUCCAUGUUGGUAAUGGUAUUAGACAUUUGGUUUGGGAUUUCGGUAAAGAAUUGACCAUUAAAGGUGUCUACAGAACCGGUUAUGCUGUUUUGGCUGCUACUGCUGUUUUCGGUAGUUACUUGGCUUUUAUCUGGCAAUAG